ACGGGUGGUCAGUGCACACAUCGGGGACAGUUCAGGACACGGGUGGUCAGUGCACACAGCGGGGACAGUUCAGGACACGGGUGGUCGGUGCACACAGCGGGGACAGUUCAGGACACAGGUGGCCAGUGCGCACAACAGGGACAGUUCAGGACACAGGUGGUUAGUGCACACAACAGGAACAGUUCAGGACAUGAGUGGUCGGUGCACACAGCGGGGACAGUUCAGGACACGGGUGGUCGGUGCACACAGCGGGGACAGUUCAGGACACUCACGGUAAGCAGCUUGCGGACCCUCAGCGGCAGGCGGCUCCAGACAGGGACGACCAGCGGUCAGUGUUCCAGGGACAACCAGCGAUCAGCAGACACCAGCAGCUCCCAGGGCACUCAGCAGCAGACAGCCUCCAGGGACACGCAGCCACGGAUAGUGUGCAGGGUCCCUCAGCAGCAGCUCCCAGGGCACUCAGCAGCAGACAGCUUCCAGGGACACGCAGCCACGGAUAGUGUGCAGGGUCCCUCAGCAGCAGCUCCCAGGGCACUCAGCAGCAGACAGGGUGCAAGGGUGCCCAGUAGACAGGCUUACAGACUGGCAGGGUCUCAG